AUGGCGUGCGCAAACACGAGCGACAAGCCACGCCGAACCAUCUCCUCAGCCAAAGUAAAUGCCAUUAAAGAAUUAAAGAGGGACGAAGACAUUGUGAUUGUUCCAGCAGACAAAGGACGGGCAACCGUGAUCCUGGACAAUUCAGAGUACGUAGCGAAAGCUCAGGAACUACUCAACGAUAACCAGUCAUACAAGGUCAUUGACUCCGACCCCAUGAAAACACUGGUGGCAAAAAUCAACAAGAGUCUGAGUCUAAUGAGGAACCAACUGGCAAUAUCUGAGACCGAUUGGCGACAGAUGAAACCACAAGAUGCUGCCAUAGCACGCUUCUAUGGUCUGCCAAAGAUCCACAAACCAAACGUUCCCUUACGGCCAAUUGUGGGACUGAAGGGCACACCUACCUACGGUCUGGCUAAAUGGCUUACCAAACAUCUGAAGAAGCUGACGGAGGGCUCAGAACACUCAGCUGUAUCACCAACACACUUCCUGGAAAGACUCCGAGGCGUAGAAAUAGCCCCCAAUGAAAUAAUGGUGUCCUUCGACGUAGUCUCUCUUUUCACCUCCAUCCCUAAAGAAUUAGCCACGAGGGUCAUAAGUGACCUACUGGAGAGGAGGUACGAUGAAGAGGAAAGACCUCUGAAAAGGAAGCACAUAAUGGAGCUACUGGACUACUGUUUGAGCACGUACUUUACGUUUAAUGGCCAGGUGUACGAGCAAAUCCAGGGAACUCCGAUGGGAUCACCAAACUCCGGCUACCUAGCUGAGGCGGUUCUACAAGAACUGGAAACACGGGUCUUUCAGUCCUACAUGCCAAAAUUCUGGAUGCGCUAUGUGGAUGACACCUUUGUCAUCCUACCUCGAGACAUGAAAGAGACGUUCAGAAGCAAAUUGAACUCAAUUUUCCCCCAAAUUCAAUUCACUAUGGAGGAAGAAAAAGACGGAGAAAUCCCCUUUCUUGAUGUCCAGGUGUCGAGACAGGAAGACGGAGCCCUCCAAACUGGUGUCCUUCGAAAGGCGACCGAUACGGCGAAAAUCCUCCAUUACAGCAGUAACCACCCCUUGUCACAUAAGCGCAGUUGCGUGCGGACACUCUUCCGACGCAUCAACACACACUGCAGCACAGAGGCUGAAAAGCUGCGAGAGCGUAAAUCCCUAUGGCGUCUCUUUCUCUCCAAUGGGUACCCACGUAGCUUCAUAAACAAAUGCCUGUAUCAAAGGCACACGAAGACCGACGGUGAACAAAAACAAAAUCUGAAUUCUUCCGUGCUUUGCCCUACGUGA